AUGACAGUAGCUUGUUAUUUUUUAAAUACUAAUAUUUUACUGCCCUCAUUUAAGAGCCUGUCAUUACUGAGUCCCCUAACAAUGGGCUUGUACAACUAUUCUCUGCCAUCUGUUAAAUAUUCUCAGCUUACUUUAAAUGAAACUAUACGAGUGAAACUAGUUCGAUUUCACAGAACUGGUAGUAUAAGUACUUCGGUUUAUGAUCAAUCACAUUGGUACGUCUGGAAGGUAAGCAUGCAUUCUGAUAAUGAAAUAGAUUUUGAUGUGUAA